CGUGAUGCGGCCGCUCUGCGGUUUCCUGGUGCUGCUCGGGGCCGCUUCUUGCGGCCUCUACCUGCUGUCGGCGCGGCUACACCCGGGGGGCCCGCUCGGGGCCAGCAGCCAGACUUUGCAGGGCGGCGGCGCUGUGGGAAAUGUGCUUUGCUGAAGGAAUGCUGUUAUGCAUUGGGGUGUCCUGGAGAAAAGCCCAGAGGAGAAUGACUGUUGUGAUCUAAUGUCACUCAAGUUCCCAUCAGACUUGGAGGAGCUGCGAGAGCUUUCAGAGUUUCUACAGUACUAUAAGCAAGAGCACCAGAGCUAUGUGUUGCUGCUGUUCUGUGCUGCCUACCUCUACAAGCAGUCCUUCGCCAUCCCCGGCUCCAGCUUUCUGAACAUCCUCGCUGGGGCUCUGUUUGGACCAUGGAUGGGGCUCUUGCUGUGCUCUGCUUUGACUUCUGUGGGUGCCACCUGCUGUUACCUGCUCUCCAGGGCCUUUGGGAAACAGUUCAUAGUCUACUGGUUUCCUGAUAAAGUGGCCAUGCUGCAAAGAAAGGUGGAGGAGAACAGAAGCUGCUUAUUUUUCUUCUUGUUGUUUCUGAGACUUUUCCCCAUGACCCCAAACUGGUUUCUGAACCUGGCGUCUCCGAUCCUGAACAUCCCGGUUUCUCAGUUCUUCUUCUCCGUCCUUAUCGGUCUGAUCCCUUAUAACUUCAUUUGUGUGCAGACGGGUGCCAUCCUCUCGCAGAUCACGUCCCUGGAUGCCAUUUUCUCCUGGGGCACGUUGCUUAAGCUACUGGCCAUAGCCAUGGUGGCAUUGAUACCGGGGACCCUGAUUAAGCAAUUCAGCCGGACACACCUGAAAUUGGAUGAAAAGGACCAGAGUGUUCACCUGCUCAACGGCAAAAAGAGCAUGUGAGGGACUGGGUGCAGCAGCUGUUCAGAAUGUCUGAUUGUUCAAUUAUGGGGACGGUGCAAUCGUCAGCAACUAGAUGGUGUUUUAACUUGCUGGCUGCACUGCCUCUUCUCUGCACAAGCCAGGGCAGAGGACAACUGCAGUUCUUAAAUCUUUUUAAGUCUA